AUGGAGAACCGCAUCUUCAUCUCAUCGCCGACCUUCGUUCUAAAGGCUAUGAUAGCGAGACUGCCGCGCGAAGAAUACGAUUACAUCUUCAUCCAAGACGAAAUGUGCCGGAUUCUCUCUUUUCCGCAGAGCCGAAUGUCGCAUAGUAGCCACCAGCCCGAUGCAGGACCGGAUCACGAGAGUAUUCCACGGACCAUCUCGCCCAGGGUCUACCAGCGCAUCCGUGGUGUUGACCUGGCUCCCGGAAUCGUCCCAACGGCUAACCUGCAUUUUGACACCUCUCAAGAUGCACCUCUAAGCUGCAUCGCCCUAGUGUCGCCCUAUCCCAUCUUUGGAUUCUUCGGCCUAUGUCAGCUAAGACAUGUCGCCCGCUGGAAGCAGUCGAAUCCCCCUCCCUCAGGGUGCCUGAGUACCUAG